GAAGACAGGCAUAUUUUGUUCAUAUUUAUCAAUCAUAACGGUGGUCAACAUGUCUAAGGUUUUCCAAGCAAGUGGGGGGUUACUAAAAAUCAUAAACCGAUGUCAAAGGUUAACGAGCGUUAUGUCAUCUUCCCAGAGAUUAGAUAAAUUUGAGCAGCAUGGAUUAGGUCCAAUAAUCUCUUCACUUAACCUACCUGUACGGGGAUUAAAAAACCAAGCGAUACAGUUUAGAAAGGCUCCAGUGGACUACCCGCCGGUGACUGGAUCUGAUCACUGGAGACGGAAGAUGCGCACACUUUUCAGGAGUUUGGAUGUAAACGGCGACGGCUACAUCACAAAGGAAGACUAUGUGAUAAGUGCGAAACGCUGUGCAGAGUAUUUGGACCUUGACGAUGAGAGGGCAGAGUAUUUGCUGAAUCAGCGUGUUGCUGUAUGGGAAAGUAUUUCUAAAAGUUCAGAAGAUACUUCCAAAAUAUCAGAGGAAGAAUGUCUAAGAUCGGCAAUAGUGCUGUGUAAUCAGAGAAGCUACCGACAGGAGGUUUUCCCCAAGCAAAUAUCCAUGCAUUUUACUGCCGUGGACCUUGAUAGCGAUGGCCUCAUUUCUAGAGAAGAACACAGUGCUUCGUGUUAUAGCUCAAACAUCCCCGAAGAAGAAGCACAGAAAUUAUUCGACCUGCUUGACCCUGACAAAGAUGGUUUCAUAACCAUUGACGAGUUUGCACAAUCUUUUACCGAAUUCUUUUUUACCGAGGACCCACAUAACACAUACAGCGGAAUGUUCGGCCCACUGGCUGAUUAAAUACAAAGAGAGAUGGCUUGCUGUUGAGGAAACUUUGUCAGCCUUUAAAUACCAGAGCCAGCAAAAAUACCAAUGUGCACAUGGCCAUCGACACCCUAUAUCCAGUUCAAUCUAUUUCUAAUGCAGCAGAUGGCAGUGGGUCUCACAGCCCACAUUAGAGCCUGUCUGAGACUGGGUUCCCCUGCCUAGAUCGAUCUAACUGGAUCGACCCAUCUCCAUUGGGUUCCUCCCUAAAUUGCUUUCAGCUUUAACGGCCUAGAUGUCUGACACGCCCACUGAAGCCUCUAAGCGAUAGUUAAUUACCCUCUAACUGCUUCAGUGGGCGUGCGAGACAUCUAAGCGGUUAAGUUGAUAGCAAUUUAGUGAGAAUCCCUUUGGAGAGAGAUCGAUCCAAAGGUAGUACGGUAGUCUCUGGGAUUGGUCUCUGAGACACGCCUCUAGCUUGAUCAACUCAGUCAGUUAUCUUCAGUAACGAAGGACAGCCUGAUGAUAUGUUGAUAUGUACAUGAAGGCGCUCGCCUGCUGAUAUCUUGACACAAUAUGUUUUACUCGAGUUGACUUUGGGUUGAUAUAUAAUACGUAAAUUGCUCAGAUUCAAAUAAUUUUUAAAGGACAAAUUCCCCUAAAGUGAAAAAGAAACAAGAAUGUUCUAAAACACAUAGGGGUGGGGGGAGGGGCGUGAUUGCAUUUUUAUGAUCUUUUGAUCCGAUUUUAUCAAAAAGGCCCAUGUCCUUUUAAUGUUUACGGCACCUAUGUUACAUGUAGCUUCAAGAGAAAAAUAAAA